GAGCGCGCCGACGUCCAGGCCGCGCGAGGGACGACCAACCAGGCCCGCUAGGCCCGCCAGGCGACCCGGCCGAUCCACAGGUGCGGGUGGAGGAUCGCCAUGACGGGCUGCUGACGCGCUGACCGCCACGCCAACCAGGAUGCUGCUGCUGCUGGUGCUGCCGCUGGUGGCAGCACUGCCGCACUCGCCGCAGGAGCUGGUGCCGCUGGACCGGCUGGGCGAGCGGGAGCCGUCCUGCGACCAGCUCAGGGCCAUGUGGCGCUUCUCCAAGCGGCAGUCCCGCGCCGCGCAGAUCACCAACGAGAUCCCCACGUACCGGGACCCGUUCGCCUACCCGAUCUGGGAGUCGCUGCAGCAGGCCGGCCAGGGCCAGCCAGGCGUCCCGGACUUCGGCAGCGUGCGGUCCCGCAGCGGCGCGAGGCCCGUGUACCCGGGGCCCGUCUACGGCCGCAUCGUGCAGAACAGCCCGCCGCGCUGGAGGAACAGCCCCGCCGGCAGGAUCAGGACGUACGAGGACUCGGGCAGGAUGUACAACGGGCAGCCCCACCGGACGGCCAGGAUCUCGGGCGGAGGGCUCCCCCCGCAGCAGACGGGGAGCUUCCAGCACCUCAAGGAGAUGAUCCGGCAGGAGCGGAUGCGCGAGCUGCAGGAGCAGCGCCUGGCCGAGGAGGCGGCGGCGGCGCGCCAGCUCAAAGACAACUCCAAGCCGCACUUCGGGCGCGUGCUCAACGGGCCGGCCUCCUCGCUGGACCUCGUCCGCGCCUCGGCCGGCGCCAAGCGCAGCAGUGAGCCCGCCGAGACCGCCGAGGUCGCCGCCGAGGCCGCCCAGGCCGAGCAGCAGGUAGUGGUGGACGAGGCCGCGGCGGACGCCAGCCAGUACGUCAUGUAAUGUGUCCGUCCCGCAGGUGGACGAGGAGGAGGUCGCGGACGAGCCCUGGUGACGGUAGCAGGGCAGCGCAGCGUCAAGCGCGUCAAGCGUAGCGUCGCCCCUAGUGGGCAGGUACCGCCAGUACCAAAGGUACCGCAGGUACAGGGCGCCGCACGCGCCGCACGCGAAGCACUCCAAGACGCAGCCUGGCAGGUCAGCUAGCCCCCCGCCACCCCUCGCAGUCCUCGCACCGUCACUGUCACGCAACCACCAGCACAUGCACCGGCCGCGGCGACCAGGGCCUGCCCGGUCGACGGCCACCCUUCAAGGACACCCCCGGGCACCACGCACCGUAGCGGAGGGGCAGCGCACCCAUGCACGCGUACCACGCCUACUGGCCGUCCCCAGCACCCUGCAGCACCCGCAGCACGCCCCUACCGCCACGCCCCGCCAGGCAGCGCGCCGCACCCCGCCACGCCCCGCCGCACCCCGCCACGCCCCGCCACACCCACCGUGGGCGUGCUUCCGGGGGCGCUGUGCUUCCCUGAGAGAGCCCCAGGGGAGAGAGCCCCCUCCCCACCCCUGCCGGCUGCCCCCAGCGCCCCCAGGGCGUCCGCCGUGCCCCGCCCGCCCCGACACCUCAUCGUGUCAACGUUUCCAACGAUAUCACGUAACGACAUAUCUGUGCGCGCAAUGUGUGCGUGGCUACCGCGCCAGAGCGCCCGCUGCACGCACUGACGGCCACCCUGCAGACCCUGCAGUCGCCGGGAGGGGCAGGAGGGCCCCUCGGAACCGGGGUUUGGAGCGCCUCCAGCGACGCCCGACUGUCGGAGGCGUGAACCCUGCGGCCCCUGCGGCCUGCAGUCAGGCGAGGCCGAUCUGCGAGGAAGAGAGAGCCACUGGCUGAGGAGAGGCACCCUAGCACAUUUAGCAAUGAGUUUUACUUUUGGGGAGGAUAAACUCGAAUGCACGUCCUUCACGCAUGCUUUUAUGGCACUUGGCACUCCAGUUUUUUUGGUCUUGCACUAAAUUUUGUUGAGCACCGCAUGUUCUGUCAAACAAAUCGGGUGAGUUUGUUUGCCUCGUGGUUGAUGAACUUUACAGAGAUCUUUUCAGCACUUCUGAGAACGUCAUACCAAGAUCAUGCUCAGGAUGUUCUUCUAUUACGCUACAGCGCAGCUUCUCCUUUUUGUUUCAAAUAUUUCUACUUUGAAUCUACUAACAGCGUGCCUCGGUACGUCAAAACUUUUGGGCAAACAAAAAAAAAAAUCUUGUGCACCCUUGUGGUGUGUUGAAAUUAGUGGUCAAUUACGGUACGAAAUUUUUAGGACGAAACUGACAAUAACUUGAAUUUAAUUGGACUGGUCUCCUUGUGAUAGUGGGGAAUGUAGUAGGAUAACUUUUUAAUCUUCAUGGUGACAUAAAGAGACAAUAACACAAAAUGAACUGAGACUUUCAGAAUUCUUUUUUAUUUUCAGGCAAACUGCAUUUAGGUUUUUGCUCGGCCUGCGAGCUCUGUAUUUUUUUCAGUCAAACCUUCUUUACGGCCUCAUUGCCUUUUUUCAAAAAUUAAAAAAACAUUCAGCAGGUCAUUCUAAAACGUGCAAAGGUUGGUCUGGGUGUCGGGAUUAGCGUGAUAGCAACACUUUACUAUAUAAUUAUAUAUACUCAACUCGUAUCUAUGUUUUGGGGCGUCUUUACCAUAGGUUUUAAGUCUCCCUGUUGCUGCAGUUAGCGAGCAGCGCGCCUAGUAGAUUCAAACGGAUUGCUAACGUCGAGGAUGUUUCGAAGCUAUAGCGCGAAGCGAGCGUAGAAGGCGAGAGCGUCAUGGACUUGACUAUCACGUUUGGCUGACGUGUUCUCAUUGGCUAACACGUUCUCGUUAGCAGUCGUUGAGUUCCAGUAAAGAACCGUUAAUGAAGGCGAUGUCAAUUCGACGCCACUUUUGCGGAAAUGCUGCUGAUUUGGCGUAGCUCUGACAUCACAGUGGCCUCCUUUACAGAUGGGAAUGCGUCACAAUCUCAAUAAAACUGUUGGGCCGCGCUAUAAACGCUUUAAAUGUGUAAGAAGACUUAAAAUGUAAUUUAGUUUAUAAGCUUUAAAAACUCUAUUUUCAUUCGUCGUAACGAUGAUAUCCUCUUUUGUAUUCAUUUUCUUGUGUGGCUGUAGGGCCUUUGCUGGAGCCUCGCUAAAGCCGAUGAGGCGAAAUCCUUGCGCAAACCACCUUCGAUUAGGGGUAGUGUUUCGCCAUGGUUAGGUCUUAUUGAGCACCGAGUACUAUGAGAGGAACCAUCUCGCGUUGAUUAAAGCUCACUAGUGGAUAAGUGCUCAGCCACCCAAUGGCUCAUUUGACCGACUUCGGGCACCAGACACCGAAGGGAUGGGCCUGGUGGUGCGAUUUAGUUUUGUCGGACCCUGACGGUUGCUCCUGCAUUGCCUCACGAUACCAGGACCGUUGGUUGUUAACGUUGGCUGAUUCUGACGACAGCGAAGGCAAUGUUCGGGCCGCUUAAGGUCUGCAUUAUUGAGUUGCCCAUGCAGCCAGUCCAUUCUCUCCUGCAUAUUGUCAACAGUUCCCGUGGUUAACCUUACAAAAAAAUGCAAUUAGGUAAAGAACGCUCCGACGAUUUCAGUACCUUACUGUAGAGUGCGCUUGAGUGCCAACCUAUUGCUGUAGAAGGAACGGGCUUAUCUUCCAAAACAUCGCUGUUGUUACCCAUCGGGAAGGCCUCAAUGUCCCAAGGCGUCAGAAAAAACUGCAGAAGUUACAUAUCCAUUGUUGUGACGUCAUCAUAUCUCUUCCAUAUCACAGGCACGCCGAAGAGAGUCUUUUUGGUAUUCGCACUGUUUCACAAUUUACAGGCUCUAAAGCUUUGUCCUCCGAUGUUUCCUUAGUUUCCUCCAACAGAAGACUUAACCUAGCCUAACUGAAAAUUUACAAUGUGGAUUGAAUGUCCCAUUGAUUGACAGUCACUUAUCCUCCAAUUGUUUUGAUAUUUUCAGUAGCCUUGGAUAGCCCUCUUCAAUUUUCCAUAUCAUUUUCUCAUUUUGUAUUCAUGAUGUACCGUCUCCCUUAUAACGUAAGAUUUAUUGAUUCCUCCUUGUCAGUCCUUGGACUAUGAUAGUUCGUUCACUGUCAGCUAAUCGCUUUGAGCGACAGCCACCAAUAAUGCUGAAAUACGGUAUUUAGUCGACAAAGACAGGGUGGGGCGUUGAAGCAAUCUGGCUCAAUCUAUUCUAUGCAUAUUCUACGUAACUCUAAAUUUAUUUCAUAUUGCUAACAAGCAUCCCGCUGCCUUUAUGCAUCUGAAGCUCAUUGGUAUUUGGUUCAGUAUUUACACCAUCAUUGAACAAUACUGUUUGUUCGCGCGGCAUUGGAGUACGGCAUGUUUUGUCAAAAAAUAACUAAGAAAUGCAAAAAAAUGUGUUAUACGUCUGAUCAGAAGGCAUAACUGUUGUAGCUCCAUCCGAAUUUCUUAUCACUCUGUUUCCGGAAAUUCCAAUAAACAAAAACCGAAAAACGUAGUAUGAAGAUUUCAGAAAACAAAAAAUAAAACAAACCUUAAUCUAACUAGUCUUAGUCUUUCAAACUAUUACUGAGAUGCAAUCAGAGCCAUACGUAUGUAUUAUUUUUAUUUCUUUUUGUGCUGUUUUGUCUAGAAUGCAAAAUUAAACAAAAAUCAUUUUGUUGUCAGUAGACAAUCUUUAGUUAAAUUUCUUGAUUGCUAUCGAGUGUUCAAAUUGAAUGAAGUUCAGGAAGCUUGUAGUUGUUGUAGGGCGGUAAAACAUAAAGAGGCUGAACUUGUUGAUUCAUCUGUGACAAUAAAUAGAUUACCUAUCAA